AUGUCUAUGACUUCCUUUGAAAAGUCUGAGGAGAACUCAGGCAACGCCAUUGAGAACAAUGAUGUCAGUGUGUCCACGCUGUUGGAGAAGGCCAAUGUUAAUAUUGGUAUGUUCAUGUCCACGGCAACUGCUUUAUUCAUUCUCUUUGGUGACAUUAUCACUCAAGCAACAAAUGUGUCAGGGCCAGUGAGGCCAGGUUGCGGCAUUCCUGCUAUCACUCCCGUCAUCAGCGGAUACCCUCGUACCAUCAACGGAUACCCUCGUACCAUCAGCGGAUACCCUCGUACCAUCAGCGGAUACCCUCGUACCAUCAGCGGAUACCCUCGUACCAUCAGCGGAUACCCUCGUACCAUCAGCGGAUACCCUCGUACCAUUGGAUACUCUCGUAUCAUCAACGGUGAGGAGGCUGUGCCCCACUCCUGGCCCUGGCAGGUGUCCCUGCAGUACUCCAAUGGCUUCCACUUCUGCGGCGGCUCUCUGGUCAACAAGAACUGGGUGGUGACGGCUGCUCACUGUGACGUCAGGACGCCCCACCGCGUGAUCCUCGGAGAGCACGACCGCUCCUCCAACGCCGAGAACAUCCAGGUCAUGAAGGUGAGUGGCAUCUGCUCGCGGUCCCAUCAUCACCCCCACUAUAACUAUGGCGUCAGGUUCAACAACGACAUCCAGCUGGUGAAGCUGGCCAGCUCCGCAAAGAUGAACACGCAUGUUUCCCCCGUGUGCGUGGCCGAGACUGGAGACUACAUCGCCGGAGGCACAAAAUGCGUGACCACUGGCUGGGGCCUGACCCACUCUGACUCCCCCAACACCCCCACCCGUCUGCAGCAGGUCGCCCUCCCCCUGCUGACCAAUGAACAGUGCCGCCGUUACUUUGGCAACAGCCUCAGUAGGCAGAUGAUCUGUGCCGGAGCGUCCGGAGUUUCUUCCUGCAAGGGCGACUCCGGCGGUCCUCUGGUCUGCCAGAAGGCCGGCGCCUGGACUCUGGUCGGCAUCGUGUCCUGGGGCAGCGGUGACUGCAAUCCCAGAAGGCCCGCCGUGUACGCCCGCGUCACCAAGCUCCGUGCCUGGAUGGACCAGAUCAUCACCGCCAACUGAGCAUCUCUUUAAACCUGAUCAUCAAUAGGCUGCCCGUAGAGCUCAGUUGGUAGAGCGGGCGCCCAUAUAUAGAGGUUUACUCCUUGACGCAGCAGGCCUGGGUUCAACUUUGACCUGCGGC